UGUCUCAGAAUUCCCACUGACACUUCCCAGCCAACUCUCUCAACAUCCUCCCACCCACUCCCCAAGAACACAUCUCUUGAAGGUCCCCCAGGGACCAUGUCACUUGCACCAACCUCACACUCCCUUCAUUGCAUUGCAGAUCUCCUUUGCAAGGCCCAACCUCUCUCUCUCGCUCUUUCUCUGCAAGUAAAGGAACAGUGAUCUUUGGAACAUGGACUGUAGUGCUGUAGGUCCCCAAGAUUGCAGUGAGAAUCCACAUUGGUCAUCGUUCCAUGCUUUCCUUCUCUAAUCAAUUCCACUUCCUCCUAUAAAAAUCGUUCCUUUUGCGUAAUCUCUCCCUCCAUUGUUCCUGGCCUGCUUGGAGGUGUCCAUUGCUCCAUGCUCCGUGCCGCGUUGGAUUGCAGGGGGAAUCAACACUGGUCAUUAUUGCAUGCGUUAUUCCUCCUCCAAACUCCACUUGCGGUUGCUUUAGCGUGUUCAUCACUUCCAUUCUUUAUUUGGUUGGUGACCUCCUUCCUUCUCUGUCAUCGUUUUCUUUCGGCUUCGCUCUUGGCCAUUUCUUCAAGGAUUGUUCUGCUCGCUCCCGCUUUUCGGUAGAGAGUUCGUGGUUUUAACGACGCGUGGAAGGUUCCGCGUCGUCUUUUGACGGCCACCGUCCCUCCGGGAGUGGGUGACUCCGCUUUGUCGGAGUGUUGAGAUCGGUUUCUUGCGUUGAUCGAGGGCAUAUGAUGGCGUUACUUGCUGUGGCCGGAUCGAGAUGAGAGGUGGGGCGGGCGCUGCCGGGGCCGGCCAGAGCGAGGCCAGGCACCGAUCGGGGGGAAGUCCUGUCUGUGCAAACAAAAGGAGCUCUUGCAGAAGCAGUGACUUCAGACAAGCCGACAAGCCAUUCAACAGUUUUUUUCCAGAAAGGAAUUCAUCCUGGAAGCUGCACACAUUGAAACUUGGCUUGAUACUCAUUGUAUUUUGCACCUUUUUGACCUUUCUCCACUCUCCUGCGGCUUAUCAUAAUGAUCAUUCGUUGCAUGCUGGCUCUAGGACCAGGUUUAAGGAUGUUGGAUGGUUAUGGGACAAAUCCAAACCUGAUCCGCGGUAUGUGUCGCAUUCGAAUGUUGAUUGGGCUCAAAUCAUGAUGUGUGUGGCACAGAUGGAUGCCAGUAAAGGAAAUCUGAAAAUUGGCUUACUGAAUUUUAACAUUUCUGAGAUCAACCAGUGGCGCCAACUCUUACCGAACGCAGGGAUUUCUGUCAUCCAACUUGAUUAUGCAGAGAGUAAGAUUACUUGGGAGGUCCUUUAUCCUGAAUGGAUCGAUGAGGAAGAAGAAUCCGAAGUCCCCUCUUGUCCCAACCUACCUGAACCCAAGUUCUCUAAAGGCCUCCAUUUGGACCUCAUUGCAGUCAAGCUUCCUUGCAGUGGCUCAGGGAGCUGGUCAAGAGAUGUUGCUCGAUUGCAUUUGCAGCUUGCAGCUGCGAAAGUCGCUGCGGGGUCUCCGGCAGGCCGCCACCCUGUUCAUGUACUUUUCGUGACCGACCGUUUCCCUAUCCCAAACCUUUUUACGUGCAAGUACCUCGUCAUGAGGAGAGGAAAUAAUUGGUUGUACAAACCAGACUUGCAUCUGUUGAAGGAGAAGCUACAGCUUCCUAUCGGAUCAUGUCAGCUCGCACUCCCCCUCGAGGCAAAAGAGCGGCCGCAAUCUGAUACUCCUCACCGAGAAGCAUAUGCCACCAUACUCCACUCUGCCAAUGUUUAUGUCUGUGGUGCCAUUGCAGCAGCCCAAAGCAUUCGGUUAGCAGGAUCAAAGAGAGACCUAGUGAUCCUCGUUGAUGAAACAGUCAGUGAUCACCACAGAGGCGGUCUCGAAGCUGCAGGAUGGAAGAUCAAAACUAUCACAAGGAUCCGAAAUCCCAAGGCCGAGCGUGACGCUUACAACGAGUGGAACUACAGCAAAUUCAGGCUUUGGCAGCUCACGGAGUAUGACAAGAUCAUAUUCAUCGACGCAGACCUUCUCAUCCUACGAAACAUCGAUUUCUUGUUCACUAUGCCUGAGAUCACCGCCACAGGAAACAACGUGACGUUCUUCAACUCGGGCGUGAUGGUUGUCGAGCCUUCCAACUGCACGUUUCAGCUGUUAAUGGAUCAUAUCAACGAGAUAGAAUCCUACAAUGGUGGAGACCAAGGUUACUUGAAUGAAAUCUUUACAUGGUGGCACCGUAUACCGAGGCACAUGAACUUCCUGAAGCACUUCUGGUUCGGCGAUGAGGAGGAGAUCAAAGCGAAGAAGAUUCGUUUGUUUGGCGCUGAUCCUCCGCUUCUCUAUGUUCUUCACUACCUGGGCCUGAAGCCAUGGCUGUGUUUCCGGGACUAUGACUGCAACUGGAAUGUGGACAUAAUGCAGGAGUUCGCGAGUGAUGUCGCGCAUGCAACUUGGUGGAAAGUGCACGAUACGAUGCCGCAACACUUGCAGAGCUUCUGUCUUCUAAGAUCAAAGCAGAAAGCUGGACUGGAGUGGGAUCGGAGGCAGGCGGAGAAGGCAAAUUAUUCUGAUGGCCAUUGGAGACGAAACAUUACCGAUCCUCGUCUAAAGAUAUGUUUCGAAGACUUCUGCUACUGGGAGAGCAUGCUAUGGCAUUGGGGCGAUCCCAACUGGUUUGAUAAUGACACCACAUCUAAUCCCACACCAAAAUCAUAAUCUUCCAUUGUUCUUGCUUUGCCAAUCUCGCUGAAUUCUUUUCACCGAUGGACAUAAAAGUUCUUAGAACUAGGCUGUUUAAGAGCUUCACAGGAUAGAUGAUGCUCUGCAAAUAAUAUAUACGUAUAUAUAGAGAGGUGAACAUCUUCUUUUUGUUUACCUUGAUAUCAUGCUUUGUCAUGUUCUGUGGAGUGUUAAGCUCCGUUUUCUGCUGUGGGUAAUCUUGUUUUGGUUUCA